UAUAAUGAACGUCCCAGUUACAUUUCAGAACAGUCAAAAUGACGGACCGCAAAGCAGUUAUUAAGAAUGCUGAUAUGUCAGAGGAAAUGCAGCAAGAUGCAGUGGAUAGUGCAACCCAAGCUUUGGAAAAAUUCAAUAUUGAAAAGGAUAUCGCUGCCUUCAUUAAAAAGGAAUUUGACAAAAAGUACAAUCCGACAUGGCAUUGCAUCGUUGGACGAAAUUUUGGCAGUUAUGUGACGCACGAGACAAGACACUUUAUUUACUUUUAUUUAGGUCAAGUGGCGAUUCUUCUAUUCAAAAGCGGAUAAGCUACUCAAAAUUUUCAUAAAGCCUCUGUACUCUUUCUCUUUUCUAUCUUUCACACUUUCCAUCUCAAACCAUGCUCAUUUUUUUUUUCCUCUAAAACGCCCCCUUCUCCCCACCCACCCGCCUUUCUCUCUCUUUCCCCAUUUUCUCUAACCUUCUAGUCUACGAUCUUGUCUGUUCUCAACCCUAUGAAAGACCUUAAUUACAAAUAAAUCCCAGUAGCCAAAUCCUUGAUCUUAUUGUUUUAUGUGACAGAAUACAAAAUAUAAAGUAGUAAGAGAGAUGCAAUUCGUCGCUUCAUGGAUUAAGGGUAAUUAAUUGAAUGAAGGAAGGAUAAAUACAAAGACGUACCGAUUAAGACUGUUUUACAUAAGGUAGCGGUAGAGCAGAUGCAUAAGAGAAAAGAGUUAGAUGUAGAGGUGUGCAAAAGGAAAUGGAAUGAUAUAAUGACAUACCAGUUUACAUGUUGAAAUGUAUUUGCGUAUGCCAAAAGCUUGUUGUGUUCUUGUUUAUUAUAUUAGGCAUAUUCGCGUGCAUAAGGUUGGGUUUGGCACUGGCGCUGUUUUAAUAAUCUAAUUAUUAGUGUAACUAAUUCAAAAUGUGUGCAGUGAAUCCACCAUUUAUCUUUAAGAAAAUGUUUGGUUUUCAUAUUUUAAAGCAAGCCGACAACAAAUUCACCAUUUUCUCUUUGUUUCAAAGAUUUUUGUUAUUUGAUGAUACUGCAUUUGAUAGAAUAAUUAUAUGAAGAAAUGCAAAUUUUUUAAAUAAAAGGUACCAUCCUUUUUUAAUGAAUUUUUUUUCUAUUUAUUCCAUUCUUAUUAACCAUGCGAAAUUCAGAGAAUAUACUUAUAUAAUA